AUGGCCGCCAAGACACGCCGCAGUUAUUCCCUUUUUCUUUUUCUUUGACGUCACUACGUGGGUGUUCCUAGUAUCCCUUGAAGGAUGCCACCACUUGCCUAUAAAUAUGUAUAUUUUAUUCAAUUUAAUAAUUAUUCUACAAAUUUGAGUCGGGGCUUGUCUAAUUUAUCGUCGAAAAAAAGUAACCUUAACAGCAUAUCUCUCAAAUCCUUACUAGCGGAUUCAAUUCAUGCCGCAGAAAUCGGAGGAUUAGAAAUAGUUCAUGUACAUUCACAAGCCAAAGUUUCAAUUGAGUUAAAAGGAAAAACUGCUGAAGGAGUAGAUGAUCCUGUAACAACGGCUGAUUAUAGAUCACAUUGUGUUAUGAACAAUUAUUUAACAUCCUCAUACCCUUCAGUUACUGUUAUUUCUGAAGAACAAUCUAAAGAAUGCGAUGAUUUAGUGAUAAAAAAUCAAAAAGAUUUUACCGAUAGAUUAAAGAAUAUUGAUAUUGAGACUGAUAUCACAAUUAAUGCUAAAGAUAUUACAGUCUGGAUUGAUCCGUUAGAUGCGACUAAAGAAUUUACUGAAAACUUGAUAGAGUAUGUUACUACCAUGGUCUGUAUUGCUGUCAAAGGGGUCCCUGUGAUUGGAGUAAUUCAUAAACCAUUUGAACCUAAACAAACUUAUUGGGCAUGGGGUUACCAUGGAUUAUCUAAAAAUUUACAAACAGUAAAACGAAAGUCGAAUAAAAACAUGAUAAUCGUUUCAAGAUCUCAUGCUGGAAAAGUUCAUAAUAUUUCCAGGGCAGUAUUAGGCGAAGAUGUGAUCAUAGUUUCAGCGGCUGGUGCAGGAUAUAAAUCUCUUGAAGUAGCAGUAGGAAAUGCUUCAGCUUAUAUUCAUAUGACAGCUAUAAAAAAAUGGGACGUCUGUGCAGGAGCAGCUAUUAUUAAUGCUCUGGGUGGAACUAUUACAUCAUUGUCUGGUGAACCGAUGGUGGAUUUUAGAUCGACUGAUUCACUGAUCUUCAAUCAUGGUCUCUUAGCAGCAAUGACAGAUCAUGUCUGGUACCUGAAUAAAUUCUAUAAAACUUGA